CCUCUUCGUAGUCGACUCCAGCAACACGACGAGAGACGAGACAGGCGCCAUGGCCACCCGCGACGUCUCCACCGCCGCCGCCGCCAUGUUCCACGUCUACCAGCCCGUGCCGGCCACAUCCACGGCGGCGCCGGCCGCAGCCGACGGCACCAGCAUGAGCGUGGUCCCCGCUCCGGCGUGCAAGAAGGCGGCGCAGGGCGGCAAGGACCGGCACAGCAAGGUGAACGGGCGCGGGAGGCGCGUGCGCAUGCCGAUCGUGUGCGCGGCGCGCGUGUUCCAGCUCACCCGCGAGCUCGGGCUCAAGUCCGACGGCCAGACCAUCGAGUGGCUGCUCCGCCAGGCCGAGCCCUCCAUCUUCGCCGCCACUGGAUCCGGCACCACCCCGGCCGUCUUCGUCUCCUCCGCACCUUCCACCUCCUCCUCAUCGUCCCACUACCAGCAGAUCAUCCUCGGCAAGCGCCCGUGUGAGGAAGGCGACGCCGUCGGCACCGCGGCGGCCGCGGCCGCCGCAUCCGCGUUCUGGGCCGCGCUGCCGGCGCCGCGGACGGAGGCCUGGGGCUUCUCGCCGCUGGAGGCGCAUGCGGCGGCGGCGUACGUGCCGAUGGCGCAGACCCACCACAACCACCUCAACCUGCUCGCCGCGCCCUCCGGCGCCACCAGGCGCGCCGAGGAGGAGUCCCGGUGACUCCACGGCUUCUGACACGUUCUACAUGCAUUGAUUUCCGCGUGUUCUACUUCCUGGCAGUGUUCUUGAUUUGCUUGUUCCUCCCUACCGGUCGAUCGCCACUGUGUCAUUUCCACGAUUCGAUGAAGAUCGCUGUGGGUGCCUAGUGCAAAUGUAAAUACGAGUCCUUGAUCAGAUCGCACAUUCCAGUAGCAUGCGUUCGAGUUUGCCGCCUGUGUUAGGUUUCCUGUGUGUUUCUUUCUUGAUCCCAUGGAACUUUUUUCAGUUAGCAUCUUUGUCUGUAUCAGCCCAAGUCAUUUAGUAACAUGAAUUAAUAA